ACUUUUGAUUUAGCCAUCUGUCGUCAUGUUUACCCCCCCCCCGUGCUUUACUGUUGACACACUGAAGAGAACCAGCUGCACUAAACUGACCAAUGUGGAGGUGAGGAGCAGCAGACUGACGUCAGCUCUGGUCAAUCGGCUCGCAGGGGACAGGCUGUUUGUCCCGCCCUCCUUCACCGUACAAGGCGACUGUUUUGCCAUCAUUAUGGACGCAGAGCGAUCACAUGACCUACUGCUCUGCGAGGAACGCCUCCCCUCCUCCCCCGUCCUCCCCAGCAGUGACAGCUACAUGGAGUACGACGACCUCCCAGACCUGCAGGAGGUUCAGGAGGAGGCGGGGCUAGCAGGCUACCAGCUGGGUGUGGGCGUGUCUCACCAGGAGCGACACACACAGCCUCUUGACACACACUGGCUCACACAGCUGGCUCACAUCGCCACUGAGUGUGCUGACAGCAGUCUCUCCAGCAGUAAUCUACAUUCCUACGCUCGCCCCCCCCCUCUCCCCAGCAGCACCCUGUCACCCCCUAGAGGCAGGGAUCGCCCACGCACCAGGAGGAGCAGGGAGCGAGUGUCCACCAGGUCCUCUUCGUCUCAGGAGGGGGACAAGGGCUGGAGCUUCUCCUGCCCCCCCACCGCCUGGCACUGCUUUCUCAAAGGAACUCGUCUGCGUUUCCACACUGGCUCCAAUGUGGAGUGGCAGGACGUGGAGGACCUGGACAACACUGAGGAAGACUGUGGUGACGAAGGAUGCAGGUCUCUGAAGGUGCAGGAUAGUUAUGGCUCUGAGGGUCUGCAGCUGCUGGAACAUUCAGAGACUGUGUUGUCUGGUCAGGCUGUGUUACAGCUGACCUUUGACCCCGGGGCGCUUGGACACGCCCCCAUGACCGCCCGCUGCCAACUCGAUCACCCCUUCUACGUCAAGAACAAAGGGUGGUCGUCCUUUCACCCGAGCCUGACCGUGGUGCAUUAUGGGAUACCGUGCUAUGAGGUGGAGGUGGGUGACGUGUGCCUUCCUCCGGGACACAGAGAAGCCAAACACACGGACGACUCGCUGGUGUUUGACACCUUCAGGAGUUACGACUUCACUCCUCUGGACUCCUCCGCCGUCUACGUGCUGAGCAGUAUGGCCAGGCGGCGGCAAGCCUCCCACUCCAGCGUUUCUCCAGACAGAGACACAUCACAAGGUACUGCACAUUUAAACAUCUGCUGUGUGCACCGGCAGAAACAUCAACAAACACACAUUUCAACUGUCUUCAAAGCUGCAGACGCCCACAGUCCCGGCCCCUCCCACUCUCCUUGUCAAAAGACAACCAAAAGCCAGCAAACCAGCGCAGCAGAAAGUAAUGAUGCCCCCCCGCCCAACAAGUGCAAGCGGCCAAUGAACGCCUUCAUGCUGUUCGCCAAGAAGUUCAGAGUGGAGUACACACAGAUGUACCCGGGCAAGGACAACAGGGCGAUCAGCGUCCUCCUCGGGGAGCAGUGGAAGAAAAUGCGAAGUGAGGAGCGGCGGACGUUCACCGUACAGGCCAAAGCCCUCGCAGACGAGCAGAAAAGACUCAACCCAGACUGCUGGAAACGCAAACGAACCAACUCUCAGGGCUGUCAGGGAAAUUAAGGCUGCAGGCAAGAAGAGAGAAGGACCCCAAACACACACUCACACUCACACUCACACACACACACACACACACACACACACAUUGUAAAGUGUUAUAAUUGUCUGUUUAUGGGGAUGACACAUUAUAUAAACAUGUAUUUAUGAUGUGUGGGAGCAGACGGGACGUUGUGUAGCUUCGUGGGUAAAGUAGAGAAUGUAGCUAUUUAACAACAAUGAUGUUAUGUAUAAAUAAAUAUAUAAAGUAUUUUAUUUUCUAUACUACUUGCAUUUGCGCACUCAGUGUAUUGCACAAGACUACAUAUUAUUUUAUCCUGUAAUAUUAACUUUUAAACACAUUAGUUGCCCCUGAGCGAGUGGCCUGUGUAGUGGAGACACUACAACAGUCUGUACAUGAGGUUCCCCGACGACAUCAUCCAGACUCGGAGCUUCAUCUGCUUCAGGAGCUUCAGAGUGUAGUCAGGCCGUGAUGUGCAGGUAACACCAGCUGGAAACACGGAACUCAUUAAUAGUAAUGUUGUUUUAAUCAGUGCGUGCACCUUCAGGUGAGCAGCUGGAGAGAAAGAUUAGCAGUGUUCAGGGAGCUUCUGACACCUUAACACUCGUGUUCUUACUGCAGAGGUGGAUUCUUGUUGCACUAUAAACACUUUAUCUUAUGUGUCAUGAGAAAUAUAAGAUUAUAUAGAAAUAUAUCUGUCCUUGAUUGUUGAGCUGGAUCAUGUGAUGCAGGUUGAUGAGACCAUGUGAUGUUUCAUAUUCUAAAUAAACAAACGCAUGACUU